GCCUGCGCACGGGAGGCCGGAGGAGUCUUACCCUAAUGUAAGAUGGUGGCCCGUCUGGCUGUGGAACCCACCGAAAGCUGAGAGUCUCUCUCUCAGCCGUAAAGGUCGGACUCACUGAAGCAAUCAGGCCCGGUUCUGAAGAGUUUUUUCCCCGACACUCGUUCAGUGGUCUCUUGUGAGGACGCGGCAGCGCGUGGAGUCGGCUAAGGGAAAAGCGAGGCAAGGCAGGCGGGUCUUUGAAGUUCUACAUUUUAGUUCUCAGUGCUGAACUUCCUUCUCCCUUAAAUUAUUAUAAACUUUUGCUGCUGUUUAAUAAACGUGAAGAUGUCUCGCAGUCCUGAUGCGAAGGAAGACCCUGUGGAAUGUCCUCUUUGCAUGGAGCCCUUGGAGAUAGAUGAUAUCAACUUUUUUCCUUGCACCUGUGGCUACCAGAUUUGCCGAUUUUGUUGGCAUCGAAUUCGCACUGAUGAAAAUGGGCUUUGUCCUGCGUGUAGAAAGCCAUAUCCAGAAGACCCAGCAGUUUAUAAACCACUCUCCCAGGAAGAACUGCAAAGGAUAAAGAAUGAGAAAAAACAGAAACAAAAUGAGAGAAAACAGAAAAUAUCAGAAAAUCGCAAACAUUUGGCUAGUGUACGUGUUGUACAAAAAAACCUCGUCUUUGUUGUAGGUCUUUCUCAGCGCCUAGCAGACCCAGAGGUUUUAAAACGACCAGAAUAUUUUGGGAAGUUUGGUAAAAUACAUAAAGUUGUCAUCAAUAAUAGCACAUCGUAUGCAGGCUCACAGGGUCCAAGUGCCAGUGCUUAUGUAACCUAUAUCCGGUCAGAAGAUGCUCUCAGAGCCAUACAGUGUGUCAACAAUGUGGUGGUAGAUGGCAGAACACUUAAGGCAUCUCUAGGUACAACAAAAUAUUGCAGUUACUUCUUAAAGAAUAUGCAGUGUCCAAAGCCUGACUGCAUGUACCUACAUGAAUUGGGGGACGAGGCGGCCAGCUUCACAAAAGAGGAAAUGCAGGCGGGUAAACACCAAGAAUAUGAACAGAAGCUACUUCAAGAAUUAUAUAAAUUAAACCCCAAUUUUCUUCAACUGUCUACGGGUUCAGUUGAUAAGAAUAAGAACAAAGUAACACCACUGCAGAGGUAUGAUACCCCCGUUGACAAACCUUCCGAUUCUCUCAGCAUAGGGAAUGGUGAUAAUUCCCAGCAGAUACCUAACAGUGAUACACCUUCACCACCACCUGGUUUAUCAAAAUCCAAUCCAGUCAUCCCCAUCAGUUCAUCCAAUCACAGUGCACGGUCUCCUUUUGAAGGGGCAGUAACUGAGUCACAGUCGUUGUUCUCAGACAAUUUUCGCCAUCCCAACCCUAUCCCAAGUGGGCUUCCUCCUUUCCCCAGCUCCCCACAGACAUCCAGUGACUGGCCUACAGCACCAGAGCCACAGAGCCUCUUCACAUCAGAAACAAUCCCAGUAUCGUCCUCUACAGACUGGCAAGCAGCAUUUGGCUUUGGUUCUUCUAAACAACCAGAGGAUGACUUGGGUUUUGAUCCCUUUGAUGUCACUCGAAAAGCCUUAGCAGACCUGAUUGAAAAGGAACUAUCAGUCCAAGACCAGCCUUCCCUUUCGCCCACAUCUCUUCAGAACUCCUCUUCACACACUACAACCGCCAAAGGUCCAGGCUCUGGAUUCCUGCAUCCUGCUGCACCUACAAAUGCCAACUCUGUCAAUAGUACCUUUUCAGUCUUGCCACAGAGGUUCCCUCAAUUUCAGCAGCACCGAGCGGUUUAUAAUUCAUUCAGUUUUCCAGGCCAGGCAGCCCGCUAUCCUUGGAUGGCCUUUCCACGCAAUAGCAUCAUGCACUUGAACCACACAGCAAACCCCACCUCAAAUAGUAAUUUCUUGGACUUGAAUCUCCCGCCACAGCACAACACAGGUCUGGGAGGGAUCCCUAUAGCAGGGGAAGAAGAGGUGAAGGUUUCGACCAUGCCACUGUCAGCCUCUUCCCAUUCAUUACAACAAGGACAGCAGCCUACAAGUCUCCACACUACUGUGGCCUGACAACAGAACUGAGAGGAGAGGAUUAGACUCUGGGGUGCUUGCAUGGGCAACCGGAUUUUUGCAUGAUUCCUUUCUGAUUUUGCAUUUAAUGUAUACACCCAAAAGAGCCAAUAGAAACGUUCCUCAUGCCUACAACUAGUGUGUUACCUCAUAGUUGCUAAAGUAUUUCUUCAUUAGGCCUUUAACACAAUUUAUUAGCAUAAUAAUUUUGGCAUUGUUUCUCAUGAGUGAUACUAUUUUUUAACUCACACAAAUAAACUUGUAGUACUAAUUAAGAUCCCAGAUGAGAUUAGCUAGAAUUGUUUUUUUGUUUUUUUUUUUUUUGGCUCUAUUAUUGAAAAUAUACAAAGACAAUAGUAGUUCCUUGUUUUCUGCUUUGUGAAAAAAAUGGUAAUAUCCUAAUAUAUUCAUGAAUAAUUUGGAAAUUAAGAACAUAAUGUCUGUUGCAUUCUUUGAAUACUUGAGAAGAAAGAAUACAUACAAAACAAAAUAAUCGGUGGUGUCGUUUAAUGCUCAGAAGGAUGUCAACAACUGUUUGUAGCUGUAUGGAUUUAUAGCCUCUAUUAUUACAUGCUUAGAAACUGUUUUUGUUCUCUCAUUUGCACUUUCUUUUUGAAUGGUUGUUAAUUAUAUAGAGAUGCUUAAAAAUAAUUAUUAUAAACUAAAUGCAAUAUAAUCUCUUUUUAAUGCACUGCCUAGUAUACCAGGAAAUGCCUCAGAAAUAGAAUUUCAAUUGCAGUUGAUUUAUCAGAAACUUGAAUGUGGAGUAAAUGUUGUGCAUGAGAAGCAACCAUAGUAGUGUAACAUUUUUAUUGAAAAAAAAUGGUAGUUCUGUUAGAUAUUUGUUUGGAAAUUUCAUUGUUUAAUAAUUGAAAUGCAAUAAAACUAUAUUGUAAGUACCUGACCAGAAUGAGACUAAGGUGGAAGAGAAGAGAUUGGGAAUCCUCUAAAAUUAGGCCACAUAAGUUGUUAUAGGUAAUUUUAGUUAAUCACAGAGAAUAGUGGAGUACUUUAUUGGGAUAUAAUGUGAAGUGAUGUUUUGGGAUAAUAGACAGUUUCUUGAAAUAGUUUUAAAGCUGAUAAUGAAAUAAACUGAAUUCAGUUCUGAGCAUUAGACAAAAGCUGAUUCAGAAAACAUGACCAUGUUCUGCCUAAAUUAAGGAUCUGGGACGAAAGGGAAAAGUCUGAUCUCUUCUUGAGAGUUUCAAAAAACAAUUGUGAUAAAGGUAUGCAUUAGUUAGUUUAAAAAUAAUAGAAGAGUAGCAUGAAUACCAAAAAAAGAAUCUUAGAGAUUUAAAAUAAUAAUAAUAAUAAACACCUUUUUAGGAGAUGAUAAUUAAUACUGUGUUGGAGUUGCAGUUUUCAAAGUUACUUCUCUCUAUAAAGUCUGAUUACUUUCUGUUAGAUAUAAUACACAACUUAAAUGAUGUUGUCAUGGGACAGAGUGGGUAAACUAAAAUCUGUUCUUAGAUAUCCCUCAAUUUGUUUAACCGAAGGUGUAGAAACAGCUAAUUAUCUAACCAUCUAAAUUAUUUUCAUAAAAUUCUGCAUUAAUGACAAUCUCUAUUUAGAAGUGACUUUAGGACAGCAUUAUAAGAAAUUUAGAAAAUAGAAAUAAAAUAUUGUAGAUUUGUUAAACAGAAGCCUUUUAGUAUGGGUUCUUUUUAGUAUGGGUUGAUUAUGGUUUCACUUUUGCUGUUUAAGAGGCCAAGACAUCCACUUAAUGUCUCCUGUGGUGCUGAGGCUCCUGGGCUUUGUGGACAAACUCGGGCUCCCUGGAAUAAGGAUUACUAGUGCAUAGUUUUCUCCAGCCUUCAAUGCAAGCCUUUCAUCGCUCAUGUCUUCUUACAAAGACUGAAGAGAUGGUUAGCUCUCAUUUAUUUACUUCUCUGUUUUGAGAAAUAAUAUCUAUUAAACAAAGCUUCUUUCCUGUGGUAGCUUUCUCUCUCCUUUCUCAUUCCUGGCCAUUGCCACAAAACUGUCAGGUAGUUUGCCAGACUUGCUAGAUCCCAAAACUGUCUCCUUGCCUGCUCCAUAUACAUCCACCUCACCCAUCCCCUGCCAAACACACACACACACACACACACACACACACACACACACACACACACACACAUCAGGAAAGUACUUUCUUGGGCAAUUAGAUUUCAACUUAGAUAUUUUCACACAGAAUAGCUAAAGAUUAUCAUUUAACUAAUUCUGAGAUCUUGUAAGCCUAGAAAAAUAACUUUCACCGUGUUGCUUACUUAAUAUUUCAUAUAUUAUGGUUUUAAAAAGUGAAGCCUUAAAAUAAGUCAUAAUUAUACUACAGAAGAAAUUGCGCAACACAUAAAAGAAAGUACCACUUCAUAUUGCAAGUAAAUUGAUGAAACCAAAUGAUGGUAAAGAAUGAGAAAUUCUCAAACCUUCAAAUUAGUUUUUGAUAAAUUCCUGCAUGAUUGAUCGCUCAUCGCUCAUGCUCAAGGGAAACUUUAUAUACUUUUAUAUCCUUAACCUUUAAAGAGUAACUAGUCUUUUCCUUAAAUCAGGAAUUUUUAACCUGGAGUACAGAACUCUUUGGAAGUACCUGCAAAGUUACGAGUUCUGUGUAUAUACAUCUGUCCAUUUUUCUCCUGGGGAGAAAAUUCAUAAUUACUAGAUUUGUAAAGGGUUUGGUGACACCGCCCCCCAAGGGGAAAAAAAAUUAAGAACUGCUGCUUUGAAAUGUUUUUAGUGCCACUGUAGAAAAUAGGGACCUGGACUGAAUGAUUUUAAUCAUAUGAUGACUGUCAAAUGCCUCUUUUUAAUUUUUUUAAAGAUUUCAUUGGAAAAUAUUUUCUGAUUAAUAAUACUUUCCUUUUCAUUCGACUGUUGCAUUUUGUUUUUACAGGUGGUGCUUUGGUAUACUAUCCCCUUAUUUCAGCAGAACGUUAAUUAAAUAUUUGAGUGUCUGUUCUGUGUAGUGACCUGAGCUAGGUCUUGAGGCAUGCAGGGUUGAAUAAAGUACAGAUCCUAGCAUCAAGGAUAAGUCUAGUGACAAUUUUAUUUCGAUUAUUUCUAUAGGGUCAGCUCUUGAUACAUUUUAACCACAUGGACAGCCAUAGUAGUCCCGACUCAUUUCAUAGUCAUUGCUCUGACGGUGGCAACAAAGGGUACUGAAUACCAAUACUUGAGAUUUUAAAAUAUAUGAUAAUUUGGAAAGACUGGAAAAAAUCUUAACAGGAAAGACAUACAUUCAUUAUUCUAAUUUAAGUAUUUCCCAGUCAUGUGUAUGCUCAUGUCUCUUACUCUUAGUGUCAUGGGAAUUAAGUAGAUCUUUCUAUAUGUAUGUUCUUUCAAAGAAAACAACUUUAAUACGUUGUGUUUGCACAUUUUUACUGUUGCGGCUCCUAUUUGUACAGUAUUCCAAGCACCUUCAAGACUGCCAGAGCUCUCUUCUUCUGUGAUACAGGUCCAUAGGGAGCUACUCCCACAGAGCCAUUGCCUCAGAAAGCCAAGAGAAAGGAACGAAUUGCAGGUGCAUUGAAAUCUUACAAAAUGAAGACCACCAUGUUAUUUAUGCAUACACAAAAAGCUGUUCUAUGUUGAGCUGUAAGGUUUGGGAUUUUUUUGUUUAUUUGAUCAUGUACCUUUCCCAAAUCUGCUUAAUUGGCUUUAAGAGAUACGUGUCAUACAAUUGAAAACACAAUAACUGAAAAAAAUGUUUUUUUAUAAAGAGGUGAUAACCCAAAACAGUGAUAUAUGUGUCUUUUUCUCCAAUAUGUAACCAAGCCAAUUAUCUGACUUCAGGCUAGUUCUGCUGCUAUUAGUGCUGUGUCUCCAUCCUCUCAGACUUUUGAACUGAAUGAGUACCUAUCUUCUUGCCUCCUUGUGCUGAAUAAAUGGUAGUAAUACAUGCAGGCAUUCACACAUGAAAUGUUUAGUGAAUAAUCAGACACUUCACUGAUACAAAAGUAAAAAAGGGAGUUAAAGACAGAAGUUAUUGUGAGCAGGUUCAGGGAAAUGCUUCAUAAAAAGUGUGGGGCUUUUUGCUUUUGAUAAAUGGCUUGAAAUUAAAUAAUGAAGUGGAAGAUACAGUAAAGGGAACAGAUUGAACAAAGAACCAGAGGCACAGAUUAGUGUGGUCUGCUAGGAGUCAGGAGGGAGGGAUAGUAAGGAGAUGGACUUGUCUGAGGUAAUACAGGUCGUAUAUGGGAUAAGUGUGCAAGAGUCUUAAAAACUAGGAAGAAUGAAAACCAGGAAGGAAAGUUUAGUCCUAAUGCAGAUGUGGUCAGUGGUAGAGAACUGUAUGUUCUUUGAUAAAGACAUAGCUUAAUUGUAGCCUUUUAAGGAGAUUAAUUUGGUAAUAUGUUUGCUUGAAAUUAGGACCAGUUAGAAAGCAGUUCCAGUAUGUCAUUGCUAGUCAGUGCAAAUAAGAUGGCCUGGACUAGAAUAGUAAUAGUAGGAAUGGAGGAGAAAUUAUGAAUUAGAAGUCAGAAAGCAUGAGAUCUAGGAAAAGGCCUUUAGGUUUGGCCAGGUCUCUGGUGAUCUUUAAAAAUAUUAUGUUUCAUAAAAAGAUACAGAUGGAAGCCAGAUUUCUAGGAUUCAUGAGGAAAUGUCAAGGAUAUGGAUGCAGCAAUCAUUGACUAAAGACAUUUGGCAACAAAGGGGAAGAGAAAAACAAGAUGCUAACUAGAGGGGUAGUAGAUCUUAGAAGACAUUGCUUUAAGGUAAGGGAGCUAGCUAAAUAUUUAAAAGCAGAACAUACGGAGCCAGUUGAGAGGAAAACGUAGGUAGUGUGGAAGAGAAGAUAGACUAAUCAGUAGAAUGAAAGGUUUCUGUAGGGACUGGGAGGAGAUAGGCUCCUGAGAUGAGUUUAGGUUAUGAGUUUAACUUAAGAGCUGGGAUAUAUCUUCCUCUGUUGUUUGUAAGAACAAUGAAAAAAUCAAGGAGAGAGAAUGUGAGAUCAGAGAAAAUGAGAACAGAUGAAGGUGCUCAUACCAGUAAUUAUUGGAUGUAAAUGUAUGAGAAAAUGGGGGUGAAAGAGUGGAAUUGGAAGCCAGAAAAAAGAAAGAAAGAAAGAAAUUAAAUAAAUCUGUGAGAAUAAGCCUAGAAUUGCACUGAAAAGAAAUUUAAGAAUUGCUGAGUCAAGAUAAGGAUCAAAUUUUAAAAUCUGAGAGUCCAGACGUAUAUGGUUUGGUAUGUUCCAGUGAUUCAGUACAACGCAUGAGGAGUGGACAAAGCAAAUAUGAGAAUUUGGUUAGAAGGUGAAGAAGAAAAGGACACAAAGAUAUUCAAGAUGACAAAACUGGAAUACCUAAUCUUGUGAUCAAGAAGAGUCCACGAAGGCAGGAAAUAAACAGUGGUGUGAGUGUGUUGAGGGAGCUCAGUGAUUUUAGAUUUUGAUGAGGGCAGAGAGCAGGUAUAGUAUUGUUAAGGGAAUGACAGGUUAGGAGACUGUGGUCAGUAUGAUGACCACUCAUUGCGAAAUGUUGAGUGGGAACCAGAGAAAGGAUGGUAGAUGGAUGUCUAACGUGAGGGCUGGAGGGUGUGGAGAGAAGGCUGGCUUUCAUAACCCCUGUGGCCUCUUCUCCACCUGCUUUCCCUCCCAUUCUAUUUUGAGAGUAGAAAGUCAGACUGUAUGAGAGAGAAUUGUAGAAAGCAUGUUACUGCCUGGGGAAUCCUGGGUCAGGUUUCCUAUAAGUUGAAGAUGAUCCACAGGAAAACUUCCCACAGUGGAGUAUAAAUAUUACGUCCUCAAAACACAGUAGGAGGAUGUGAAAGCAGAGUGCAAGGGAAGGCCUGGGAAAAGCCAGGGAUGAGAUGGGAGUGGUGUAGGUAUGACCAGUGCUUAAGAUAUAAAAGGUUUCAACAGAGGAAGUAGGUAUGGCAUAUAUAUAAGUGGUAGUUGAGGAGCCCCUAUGGCAGGUGUGAACUGGUUUCUCCCAAGCUUAUGUACAAACUGGAAAGAACCAGCCUUCCACCUACAUGGGGAAAGUAUCUCAGUUGGACUGGGCCAUUCUACUUUAUCUGUAUAACAAAUUAGAAUUAAAAGCAGUAGACUGAUGAAGAACAGAGAGAACUUAAGAAUUUUAUUAUAACAGAUUAUGAAAAUAUUUUGACGAUUUCCCCCAGAAGAGAAUGUGCUGUGUAAAUAGAUACAGACGUACAGGUUUUUGAACUCAAGAAUGGAGAUACAAGUAUGAAACGUUUUUUUCUCCUUAUUCAGUUAAUAGCAAAACAUGCCUGGUUUGGAAGCACCCUGAAUUUCCUGGACUAAAUUAAAAUCCUGACCAAAUUUCUACUAAAAUAUUUUUAAACUCACUGAACUUGUUCUGUAUGUAUCAGCUGAGAUACCAACUAUGACAUUUAAAAAUGAUAAUGCUUCAAAUAAAGUCAUUGCUUAAGAA